UAAAAUGUCAGAAGGAAGGAAUACUUGCCCACGAUUAUAUAUGAACCAGUUUGAAUCAUCGAUAAGUGCAAAGAGUUCUUAUGCCCAGCACCUUCAUUCAUAUGAAGAGAGUAGAAUGACUAAGGCUGAAGAUAAGACAAAUAGCAGGUACACAAAUCAGAUUCAGUUUUGGCUUUCCUGCCUUGGAUAUGCAGUUGGCUACGGAAAUAUCUGGAGAUUCCCCUAUAUGCUAUAUAAGAACGGGGGAGGUGUCUUCUUAGUUCCAUACGCCAUCUGUGUGGUCAUAAUAGUCCUUCCAUUAAGCUACCUGGAGAUCUCAUAUGGACAAAUUUUUAGAAGGGCUAUUCACCGAUAUUAUGACCUCAUACAUCCCAGGCUUAUUGGGCUGAGCUUUGGAAUCAGCUCGAUAAUCUUCUUCAUAGCAGUGUAUUAUAUGUGCCUUGUUGCAUGGUGCUUCACCUUUUUGCUCUAUUCCUUCCAAGAUCCCUUGCCUUGGGCUCCAAAGGAAGGAGAAUCAGCUCAUGAAGCACUCACUUCGGAUGGGUACUUUGUAAAGGAAUUUUUGGGUAAAUCGAAAAGUAUGUUUGAUAUCGAAUCGUAUAACCCAAUGAUUAUGGUCUCCUUUACAGUAGUCUCGUUGAUUACUUAUUUUACUGUUUACAAAGGCCUAGACACGGCUAAAUAUGUAGUAUAUUUAACAGUGCCUUUGCCUUAUUUUCUAUUAACGGUUCUAUUUUUCAAAGGGAUCACAUUAGACGGAUUCACACUUGGGUGGACAUAUCUUUUCAAACCUGACUGGUCGAAGCUCUUUACGUUUGGGAUCUGGGGUGAUGCAGCAAGCCAGGUUCUGUUUUCAUCAGGUUUAGCUCAAAAUACUAUUGUAACUAUUGCAGCUCAUAGGAAUGAUCGGGAUCCCAUGUUCUGGUCUACUGUGCUGAUCCCAAUUAUGAAUUUCUCAACUUCAAUAUUUGCCUCAUUAGCUCUAUUUUCAUUCAUUGGAUAUGCUUCUUAUAGCUCAGGGAUACCUGUAGGAGAAUUACCUGUGAGAGGGAUGGAUCUGACCUUUGUAGCAUAUCCAGCUUUGAUCAAUUCACUUCCAUUUCCACAAAUAUGGAGCAUUAUGUUUUUCAUUAUGCUUACAACUCUGGGACUGAGUUGACAAUACAUGUUCUUACAAUGUAUCAGCCAACUAAUUAUUGGUACUUUGAACAGGACUAAAAGCAUUAGAAUCAACCCAAAAAUCAUAACAAUUUGAGUAGCUCUUGUCAUGUUUAUAGUGGAUAUUGGCCUUUUCUCCUCUAGUGCAGGAUAUUACUGGGUAGAAUAUGUAGAUCAGUACGCGACUGGUAUUAAUUUGGUCCUGUUCUUGUUCUUCCAAUUGGCUACUCUAGUCUACAUCCUACCCCUAUCUAAGCUUGCAAAGAGAGUAUCCAGGUUUGGAGAGAAAUUCCCAAAGAUGUAUUACUUCCCAUUAAGGAUAAUAUGUCCAGGAUUUGCCCUGGUUCUUGCAAUAUCAGCGAUAUGGCAUUAAAUAAAUGAGCCAAUUCAUUCCUCAAUCUUCAUUGACAAAGUUGUGUGCUAUAGCAUAUGCUUGACCCCAAUAGCUAUUACUACAAUUCUAUUCAUCUGGAACCCAUUCGGUCACGAAGUGAGAAAGAAGAGAGCAGAGCAAUGGAUAGAACAGCUUUUAGAAGAUGAAGAAGAGGACAAAAAAGAAGAAGGCAAAGAAGCAGAAAUGAGUGAAAUUAAAUAAAAGUUUCAUUUCAGUUUUCUUU